AUGGGUUCGGGUCCCAUAGACCCCAAAGAGCUUCUCAAGGGACUGGAUAGUUUCCUUAACCGAGAUGGGGAAGUCAAGAGUGUGGAUGGCAUUUCUAAGAUCUUUGGUCUGAUGAAGGAAGCACGAAAGAUGGUGAGUCGAUGCACUUACUUGAACAUUCUCCUGCAGACUCCUUCACCAGAAAUAUUGGUCAAGUUUAUUGAUGUUGGUGGCUAUAAACUUCUUAACAAUUGGUUGACAUAUUCAAAGACAACCAACAACGUUCCCCUUUUGCAGCAAAUCCUAUUGACCCUGCAGCACCUACCACUCACUGUGGACCAUCUCAAGCAGAACAACACAGCCAAGCUGGUGAAGCAACUGAGCAAGUCAAGUGAGGAUGAAGAGCUCCGGAAAUUGGCCUCUGUCCUUGUCAGCGACUGGAUGGCUGUCAUCCGCUCUCAGAGCAGUACCCAGCCUGCUGAAAAAGAUAAGAAGAAACGAAAAGAAGAGGGAAAGACUCGAACCAUUCCUCUUGAGCGACCCUUGACUGAAGUAAAGACUGAGACCCGGACUGAGGAAGUCCCAGAGAAAAAGAAGGAGAAGCCCAAGUCUCUUCGAACUACAGCACCCAGUCAUGCCAAGUUCCGCUCCACUGGACUAGAGCUGGAGACACCAUCUUUGGUGCCUGUGAAGAAGAAUGCUAAUGCAGUGGUGGUUUCUGACAAGUACAACCUGAAACCCAUCCCCCUCAAGCGACAGAGUUCUGCAGCUGCUCCAGGAGAUGCUGUUCCCCCCGCAGAAAAGAAAUACAAGCCACUUAACACAACACCCAACGCCACCAAGGAGAUCAAAGUGAAGAUCAUCCCACCACAGCCUAUGGAGGGCCUGGGUUUUCUGGAUGCUCUCAAUUCAGCCCCUGUUCCGGGCAUCAAAAUUAAGAAGAAGAAGAAGGUGCUGUCACCAACAGCUGCCAAGCCAAGCCCCUUCGAAGGGAAAACAAGUACAGAACCAAGCACAGCCAAACCUUCUUCUCCAGAACCAGUUCCUCCUUCUGAGGCCAUGGACACAGAACGUCCAGGCACCCCAGUACCCCCUGUUGAAGUCCCAGAGCUCAUGGAUACAGCCUCUUUGGAGUCAGGGACUCUGGAUGCUAAGCCAGUGGAGAGUCCUGGAGAUCCCAGCCAACUGACCCGUAAAGGCAGGAAGAGGAAAACGGUGACGUGGCCUGAGGAGGGCAAACUGAGGGAAUACUUCUAUUUUGAGUUGGAUGAAACUGAACGAGUAAAUGUGAAUAAAAUCAAAGACUUUGGCGAGGCAGCUAAGCGAGAGAUCCUAUCAGACCGACAUGCAUUUGAGACAGCCCGGCGUCUGAGUCAUGACAACAUGGAGGAGAAGGUGCCCUGGGUGUGCCCUCGGCCACUGGUUCUGCCCUCACCACUUGUCACCCCUGGAAGCAACAGCCAGGAGCGGUACAUCCAGGCUGAGCGGGAGAAGGGGAUCCUUCAGGAGCUCUUCCUAAAUAAGGAGAGUCCUCACGAGCCUGAUCCUGAGCCCUAUGAACCCAUACCCCCUAAACUUAUCCCCCUCGAUGAGGAAUGUUCCAUGGAUGAGACCCCAUAUGUUGAGACCUUGGAGCCUGGGGGGGCAGGUGGCUCACCUGAUGGGGCAGGUGGCUCCAAGUUACCUCCUGUUCUGGCCAAUCUUAUGGGAAGCAUGGGUGCUGGGAAGAGCCCCCAAGGCCCUGGAGGAGGAGGCAUCAAUGUCCAGGAGAUCCUUACUUCCAUCAUGGGUAGCCCAAACAGUCAUCCCUCAGAAGAACUGCUGAAACAACCAGAUUAUUCAGACAAGCUCAAGCAGAUGCUGGUGCCUCAUGGACUCCUAGGCCCUGGUCCAAUAGCCAAUGGAUUCCCUCCUGGGGGCCCUGGGGGUCCCAAGGGCAUGCAGCACUUCCCCCCUGGCCCUGGGGGACCUAUGCCAGGUCCCCAUGGAGGCCCCGGCGGUCCUGGUGGGCCAGUGGGUCCACGUCUUCUGGGCCCCCCACCCCCUCCCCGGGGAGGUGAUCCCUUCUGGGAUGGCCCAGGCGACCCCAUGCGAGGUGGCCCGAUGCGGGGUGGUCCAGGACCUGGUCCUGGCCCCUACCAUAGAGGACGUGGUGGCCGAGGAGGAAAUGAGCCGCCUCCUCCUCCAUUCCGCGGUGCCAGAGGAGGUCGCUCUGGAGGAGGACCCCCAAAUGGACGUGGGGGUCCUGGUGGGGGCAUGGUUGGAGGUGGAGGUCAUCGUCCCCAUGAAGGCCCCGGUGGGGGCAUGGGCAGCAACAGUGGACAUCGUCCCCAUGAAGGACCUGGUGGAGGAAUGGGUGGGGCCAGUGGACAUCGUCCCCACGAAGGCCCUGGUGGAAGCAUGGGUGGAAGUGGUGGACAUCGCCCUCAUGAAGGUCCUGGACAUGGCCCCCAUGGUCACCGGCCUCAUGAUGUUCCUGGUCACCGAGGCCAUGACCAUCGAGGGCCACCCCCUCAUGAGCACCGUGGUCAUGAUGGCCCAGGCCAUGGGGGUGGGGGCCACCGAGGGCACGAUGGAGGCCACAGCCAUGGAGGAGACAUGUCAAACCGCCCUGUUUGCCGACAUUUCAUGAUGAAGGGCAACUGCCGCUAUGAGAACAACUGUGCCUUCUACCACCCGGGUGUCAAUGGGCCCCCCUUACCCUAG